AAUGCAGCCACAAUAAUUUUUGGAUUUAGUGUAAUGUGCAUUCUUUGAGAGUAAUACACAACGAAGUUCAGCAGAAUAAGUAUUACUUAAGUACAAAGAUGAAUGUCCAGAUGAAUUCAUGGUAUACUGUGCUUAAGCAUUCUCUAAUCGCGGCAUUUAGAAUCGUAUUAGAGUAGCUUGUAGUACUUUAGUAAAAAGAUUAGUGGGAUUGAUUGUAUAUUAAUCUUUUCUAUAGUAGCAUCCUCCAUCAAAUUAAAUAACUUGGUUAGCAUGUUCUUAAUAAACUAAGAAUGAUGUGAAAUUAAAGUUCAUGGAAUAAUUGAUUGAUCCUGAAAAUACAAUAAGAAGAUCAGCAGCUAAUGUAAAUCUAUUUAAAUAUUUUAUUAGACUAUUAGUGAAAUAUGUGCCAUAGAAUUACCAAGAUAAGAAUGGCCAGAUCUAAUUUCUCGAUUGACAACAAACUCUAAACAUACUGAUAUUUUGAUUAAGGUGUCAGCUAUCAUGACAUUAGGUUACAUUUGCGAAGCAUUAGUAUGAAUCCUAAUCAUCUAGAAAACUCAUCAAUCUUCAGGUAUAUCUGAGUAAGAUUCAAAAGUAAUCUUAAUGGGAAUUUGUGUAGGAAUGGAUUUAAAUGAGUAGACUUUAGAAAUUAGAUUGACUGCAAUUAAAGCCUUAUAGGAUUCUUUAUAUUUUAUGAACAAUUUGUUUAAAUAAUAAGUAUUUGCACUAACUUUAAAUUUAGGAAAUCUUUACUUAUGUAAAAAAUUUGAUAUUGUCUAAUGCAAUAUGUAACAUUUAAGAAGUUAAACAUAAAGCACUUUAAUGUUUAAUUGAUUUUGUUAAGUAACUCUUUACAUUUUUACCUGCAUUUAUAAAUGAAUUAUUUUAAACAACUUAGGCUUCAUUUGAAAAUUAAGGUGAAAUCUCAAUAGCAGCAAUUGAAAUAUGGAAUACUAUUUGUGCAGAAAUGAAAGAAGAAAUUACAUAAAAUGGAAAUUAAUAAACACCAGAAAGUAAUGCAGUAGAUUGUUGUGUGUAAUUUUUUAAGAAGAAUUAUGAAGGAUUCUUACUACCAUUUAUGAGAAACCUCUUAUUAGAUAGUGGAGAUGUUGAUGAUGAAUAUUAAGGUUUAUCAGUUCCUGAUUCAUCAUGUAAAGGAUUAGCAUUUAUAAUUGAUUUUGCUGGAGUUAACACAUAUGAAUUAGUCAAAAAUUUUAUAUAAAAUACUUUAACACAUUAAUAAUGGGAAUACAGAAAAGCUAGUGUUAUGGCAUUUGGUGCAUUAGCUGAAGUUUAAACAAAAGAAAUAGAAAUACUUAUUAAAUCUGCUUUGAGUAAUUUAUUCACUUGUUUAAUUGAUCAACAUUACAAAGUAAAGAAAGCAACAGCUUAAACAUUGAGUAGAGUAGCUGAAAAUUAUCCAUAAUGUUUUCAUGAACAUGAUUAAGCAAAUCAUAUGUUAGCAACAUUAUUAGAUUAAUUAAAUAAUAAAAUAUCAAUUGUUUAACAUUUGAUUUGGGUAUUUGUUUAUCUCACUGAAUAAUUGCAACUCUUUUCUAAUAGUAUAUUUAAUAGAGAGAAAUUUACAAUAUUGUAACAUUUAGCAAGUACUUCUGUUAGAGCAGAUAUUAAAAAUUCAGAAAUAGCUUUAAUUGAUACUGCUUUUAUGGCUAUUCUUAAUAUUAUUUAUAGUGUUACUGAUACAAAAUUAUGUAAUGACUAUUUAAUUCAAUUCUUUUAAUAAAUUUAAUUAUUAGAGAGUGGUACAUAAGUACCUGCUGAAAUUAAAUAUCAUUUAGAAAUGGGAUUAAUGAGUGCUAUGCAUGGUUGUGUUGUUAGAUUAGAUGAUUCAACAACACCUGAAUCUGUAUUUGAAUCAAUUAUGAAAACUUUAUCAAAUGUUGAUUCUAGAGUUAAAAAUGAUUAUUUUUAUGUACUCUCAGGAAUAGCUUAUGCAUUUAAAAAGAAAUUAUCUAAAUAUUCAUCUUAAUUAAUAGGAGAAUUAAAUAAACCAUUAUCUGAACCAGAUGAUAUGGAAAGUUUUAAGACAGCAUUAUUUUGUUUAGCAGAUAUUGCAAGAGCUAUGGAAGAAGAAUUUGUACCUUAUAUGAACAUUUUAAAUUAUUUCUUUGGUUUAAUUAAAGUAAUAUAUAAAUAUAUAUUAAAAUAUAGAAUCCUAAUUUUAAUAGAGAAUUAAAAUUAUAAGUUUAUAAUGCUAUUGCAGAUAUAAUAUUAGGAUUGAAAGAGAAAUCAUUUUAAUUUUUAGGUGAUUUGAAAGAGAUACUAAAAUUAGGAUUUGCUGCUAGUAUGGAUUUAACAAAAAGUUAAUAGAAUGUUGAUUAAGAUUAUGCAGAAAGAUUAAAAGAAACAAUGACUUCAUUUUAUACUUGUAUUUUACAUGCUUAUUGUGAACCUAAUAUACCUAAUUUUGAUUUAAGAGAUACAGUAGAUUGGUUUAUAAUAUUUUGUACUGAAAUGUGUAGUUUAAAAUUAAAACCUACAAUUGUAUAUAUUAUAAAUAAAAUAAUAGGAAUAUGUUAGAUUAACAUUAUGUUGUAUAUUUGAUUGUUCACAUUUCUUUUAGACAGUACCAGAAAUGAAAAUAAAAUUGAAAGAUUUUAUAACAAGUGAUUUUGUAAUUGAAUUGAUUAGAAAGAUGAGUUAAUUUAAUGAUAAAGAUUAUCAAGAAUGUGUUUCAUUUGCCAAAUAGUUACUAAAUGACGUUUAUGGAUUUUAAUUGAAAUUGUAUUGA